AUGGAACUUCUACCACCGCUACCUACGCCGAAACCUAUUAAACGAAAAAAGCUGGCAGCAAGUAAUCAUUUAAAGAAAAAAUUACCACGGAUAAGUAUGAAUGAUCUUGUAUUUGAGGAUUGUUUGGGUAGGGGUGGUUUUGGCACUGUUUAUAAAUGUUACUGGCUAUCAAAACAAUUGACUGUCGCAUGUAAAAUCAUACAUGUUAAACGGAAUGUUGAUGAAAGUUUGGAAAAAAGCUUUUUUAGAGAAUUAGAAGCCUACGCAAGCCUAUCAGGACCAAAUAUUCUAAAAACAUUUGCCUAUGGUCAUGAAACGUUAUCUGGAGGAGGAGUAAAAUAUGUAUUGGUGAUGGAGUACAUGAAAAAAGGAAGUUUAACCAUAUUAUUAGAAAACGAAAAGUUGUCUUAUUCGAAAAAGUUGAAGUUUGCUUGUGACAUAGCGUGCGGAAUGCUGAAAAUUCAUGAAAAUAAUAUGAUUCAUCGUGAUAUUCGUCCCGAUAAUAUACUAAUAAAUGAUGAUUAUGUGGCUAAAAUUGGUGAUAUGGGAAUUGCGCGGAAUAUGAGUUUGUCAUCAAACCAUACUAGGGAUAUUGGAUGCCUUGUCUACAUGCCACCAGAAUAUCACAACGUUGAUGAAAAAUAUGAUAAAUCAUUGGAUAUAUUCUCAUUUGGAUUGACGUUACUUGAACUGUUCACAACUCCAUGUAAGAACAAUAAACCGUGUCACGUGUUCGAUAAUUCGACAAAAAAGGUCGUGAUAAAAAAGAAGAGUCCGAUAUUUUGGGAUUUAAUCUCUCGAUGUUUGGAUGAUGAUCCUAAACGCCGCCCGACAUCGGUUGAAAUUAAUCAAAUUUUGAAUCGUUACAAGGCAGCAUUUGUCGAUGCAAUUCAGACAAAAUAUGUUUAUUACAACGAGGUAUCAGAAAGAAUUCGAAAUAGCAUCUUUUUGGAAGUAUACGAAAAUUUGCAUUCGAAACUACAAGUAGCACCUCUUCGAGACACAAGAUCGAUUGAUUGCGUACACCUUCCUAGUUUACAAAGUGAAUCUCAGCCGAUAAUACCACCUCCACCCCGAGUAAAAUCGGAUCCCAUUGGUAAACAGGAGAACAAAUUACCAUACCCUACGAUACAAAACUCCUCUCUAAUGAAUGCUGAACAAGCAAUAGGAUUUGAAAAGCUUUAUUCUCCACUUGGUUUUAAACCCGAUGUACCACUUGGAUUUGGAAGAAUUGAAUCCAAAAUAUACGAAACAAAUUAUUUGUCCACACAAGGGAUAUUAGAUUUUCUCUAA